AUGUAUAAUAAGCCACUUUUAUCCUUCAAGUUUAUCAAUGCCAGACGUCGAAUUGUUCAACCAAUGAUUGAUCAAUCCAAUCGUGCUGCCACGAUUCCUACCGAAUUCACAGACUGUUUCGGCCCCUAUUCACCUGAUGCAGCAGCAGCGGCAGCUAUGCAUUAUCAAUUCGGAAACGGUGGCGGUGGUUAUCCAGCAGCACCUCAUGAUAUUUUCGGAUCGUAUGCUCAAAUGUCACAAUUUCGGAGUCCAAUGAUGGUGAUGUAUCCAGGUGGCUAUCCUGUUACAUCAAGUCCGAAUAGUAUGAUGGAUCCGAUGAGUCAUCAUCAUCACCAACAGCAAGAAUCAUCUGCAGUUACGAGCGGAGCAGCGUAA